CCUUCCUAUAACCGUCGGCUCUUCUUUCCGCCCUCUGGCUCUCCUCCUCCGCUGCGCAUCAUGUCAGGCGAGAAUGCCAUUGUUACAGUUCCUUUUGCAUAUGGGAUGCUUAGAUACAUUAUUCGCUCUUACUCGUCGCCUCGCCUCUUUCAUUUACUACAACAACAGCCAACAAAGAAACAUGGCUCCCGCCCGCACCGCCGAACCCCUCUCUCGUUCCUCCGCCGCCAUGGAUUCCGGCGCCACCGCGGAACCCCUCUCUGGCUCCUCCGCCUCCCACGCCACCCCGGAACCCCUCUCUGGCUCCUCCGCCGCUCCCCUCUCUUCUGCCACCGAAAAGCCCUCCAGCACCUCCGCUUCUUGCUCCGCCGCCGCCGACUCCGCCGCCGCCGAGGAAUCCAUCUCUGCCGCCGACGAAUCCAUCUCCGCUGCCGACGAAUCUGCUGCCGAAUCCCCCAGUCCCGCCUCCGCCGCCACUGCUGCGGGCUCUGGUCGUGCCGCAGCAGCCGACUUUGCAUCUUGUGCUGCCGCCUCCUCGGCGACCGCAGAUGCCGCCGCCCCCUCAGCUGCGGCUGCAGGUACGUACUCCGCCGCUGCGGCGGCUGCAGAUUCUGCGGCCUCCGCCACGGCUGAGGAUUCGGCCCCCGCCUCCCCUCUCUGCAGCCCGAGAAGUGACCUCCAGCAGAUGUUCAGCAGGUUGCCACCUCCUCAAUUCCGGUCGUACUCUACUGAGACAUUGGACAGGGUGCGAUGCAACCUUUUGGGACGGGGAUCUGGCUCAAGUUCUUCAUUCCGCCUGCAUGACGGUGACCUCCAGGGGAUGUUCAGCAGAUUACCGCCUCCUCAAUUCCAGUCGUGCUUUACUGAGAUCAUCCUUUUGGGACGGGAAUCUAGCCCAAGUUCUUCGUUCCGCUUGCAUGACGGGGGACUACCCAUGCUAUCAUCUCGCCGUCCACCUUUGAGGCCAUCCAGGCCAUCGUUUUCCCUUUCCCUUCCUCCUCCAAGACAUCCAGAUGGCCUUCCUCCGCAACCUUCGCGACCUCGGCAUCCAGUGGGAUACUUAUUGAGCCGCAAUCCUUUGCCUAUGCUUCGGCCACUGAAUUCACCUUCACAUUCGCCUUCGCCGUCACCUGCUUCCCCAUCGCCAGCUUCGCCGUCGCCAGCUUCGCCACCACCUUCACCAAGGGGUUAGCCUCCAUCCUUUUGUUCAUGGAAGGACUAAGUAAGCAGUUAGAUGGGCGAUCAGGUUCGGGGCGCAUUGUGAGGCUCGCAUUAGAUGGAAAACCAGCACAGAUCUUGGACAAUUAAAUGAUGAUUAGAUGAAUGAAAUUCGGAACACCUGCUAUUACAUUUCACCUUUCCUUUGUUGUGAUCACGUUAAAUGGGGAGUUCAGCUAAUUUUGUAGUGAGGAGUUUAGCUAAUUUUGUAGUUGGAGACUGGUGUAGCUUUUGGGUAGCAUGUCGUUGAUUUUUUUUUUGCAGUUCCUGAUAUUUGGCGGUUAUGGACGAUGGAUAGUUAGAUGUUUUGUAUACGUCAUAUUGGUUUUCAUAUCAGAUUUUCUUGUGGUAUAUUUUUUGUGUUUUUGGUUUAGUUAGAUAGCGAGUGGAUUCUGAAUGCUCAUUGGGUUUUUUAAUUGAUUGCCU